GCCGGUGCCGGGGCGAUGGCGGGGCCGGGGCCGGUGCUGGCGGCGGCCGCGGGGCUGUGGGCGCGGGGCGCGGCGGGCGCCGAGGUGGCGGCGGCGCGUCCCGGGGCGCUGGAGGAGGAGAUCGUGUCCGAGAAGGCGGCGGAGGAGAGCCACCGCCAGGACAGCGCCAACCUGCUGGUGUUCAUCCUGCUGCUCACCCUCACCAUCCUCACCAUCUGGCUCUUCAAGCACCGCCGCGCUCGCUUCCUCCACGAGACCGGGCUGGCCAUGAUCUACGGUGUCCUGGUCGGCGUGGUCCUGCGCUACGGCAUCCACGUCCCCAGCGACGUCAACAACGUCACCCUGAGCUGCCAGGUGCAGAGCAGCCCGGCCACGCUGCUGGUGAACGUCAGUGGCAAGUUCUAUGAGUACACCCUGAAGGGGGAAAUCAGUGCCCAGGAGCUCAACAACGUCCAGGAUAAUGAGAUGCUGAGGAAGGUGACUUUUGAUCCUGAAGUAUUCUUCAACAUUUUGCUUCCCCCCAUUAUAUUUUAUGCAGGCUACAGCUUGAAAAGGAGGCACUUCUUCAGAAACUUGGGAUCCAUCCUGGCAUAUGCUUUCCUUGGCACCGCCAUUUCCUGCCUGGUGAUUGGCUCUGUGGUGUACGGCUGCGUGGCGCUGAUGAAAGUCACCGGGCAGCUCGGGGGAGAUUUCUACUUCACUGACUGCCUCCUGUUUGGGGCCAUCGUGUCAGCCACUGACCCAGUGACUGUCCUUGCCAUAUUCCACGAGCUGCAGGUCGAUGUGGAGCUGUAUGCCCUUCUCUUUGGCGAGAGCGUCCUCAACGAUGCCGUUGCCAUAGUGCUGUCUUCCUCAAUAGUUGCGUAUCAGCCAGCGGGUGACAACAGCCACACGUUUGAUGUCACAGCAAUGUUCAAGUCCAUCGGGAUCUUCCUGGGGAUAUUCAGUGGAUCUUUUGCAAUGGGAGCAGCUACUGGAGUUGUGACAGCUUUAGUCACCAAGUUCACCAAACUUCGGGAGUUCCCCUUGCUGGAGACUGGCUUGUUCUUCCUGAUGUCCUGGAGCACAUUCCUGCUGGCUGAAGCGUGUGGCUUUACAGGUGUGGUGGCUGUGCUCUUCUGUGGGAUCACACAGGCUCAUUAUACCUAUAACAACUUAUCUACAGAGUCCCAACACAGAACUAAGCAGUUGUUUGAGCUUCUGAAUUUCUUGGCAGAAAACUUCAUCUUCUCCUACAUGGGACUUGCACUGUUCACCUUCCAGAACCAUGUCUUCAACCCUACCUUUGUGGUGGGGGCCUUUCUUGCUAUCUUCCUAGGAAGAGCUGCCAACAUUUACCCAUUGUCAUUUUUACUGAAUUUGGGGAGAAGAAAUAAGAUUGGAACAAAUUUGCAGCACAUGAUGAUGUUUGCUGGGCUGCGUGGAGCCAUGGCCUUCGCGCUGGCCAUCCGCGACACGGCCACCUACGCGCGGCAGAUGAUGUUCAGCACCACCCUGCUCAUCGUCUUCUUCACCGUCUGGGUGUUCGGCGGGGGCACCACGGCCAUGCUGUCCUGCCUCAACAUCCGGGUCGGUGUGGAUGCAGACCAGGAGAACGUGGGGGUCCCAGAGAGCGAGAGGAGGAGCACGAAGGCUGAGAGCGCGUGGCUUUUCCGCAUGUGGUACAACUUCGACCACAACUAUCUAAAGCCUCUCCUGACACACAGUGGUCCCCCUCUGACCACCACACUCCCAGGGUGCUGUGGGCCUGUUGCCCGGUGCCUGACGAGCCCACAGGCAUAUGAGAACCAGGAGCAGCUGAAGGACGACGACUCCGACCUCAUUCUGAACGACGGGGACAUCAGCCUGACGUACGGGGACUCGGCGGUGAGCGCCGACGCGGUGGCGCCCAGCGGCGCGCCCCGGCGCUUCGCGGGGAACGGCUCCGAGGACGCCCUGGACCGCGAGCUGGCUUUUGGGGACCACGAACUGGUGAUCCGGGGAACGCGCCUGGUCCUGCCCAUGGACGAUUCGGAGCCCCCCUCAAACGUCCUGGACAGCGCGAGACACGGCCCAGCCUAAGGUUGCUCGGUUUAAUUGACAGUAAUAUUUGCAUAUAUGAUCAAGAAGUAUGUACUACCUAAAGUCUAAUGCAUGUCUCAAAAUGUCUAAGCUGUAUAAAUAUUAUUUAUAUGGUGUCAAAAGAAUAUAAAUAUUCUCUGCCAAGCACUUGUAAAGAACAAGCUGCAAAUUUAAGUUAAAAACU